UUUAUAAACAAAAAUGUCUAUGGUGGACACCAAAUCUGUUAGCCCGGAUAAAUAUUGUGUCCCUCAACUGGUGUUUGAUUAUGACGUCGCUGUACGGGCGGGCUACGACUUGGAAUUAGUUGGGAACCUCCGUGCUGUUCAGAACCUGAGAGCCCUGGAGGUGGGCACCAGUCGCCGAAUGUCUUCUCACUUGCCUGGAAUCCAGCAGAACAUCCAGGCGCUCAAGAGGAAGACAAUGAUCAUCUGGAUGUUCCAGGUAUGUGAGGAGCAGAAAUGUGAGGAAGAGGUGUUCCCUCUUGCGGUCCACUACCUGGACUCUUACCUGAGCCGCCAUGCUGUGCGAGACUCUAUGCUGCAGCUUUUAGGGGUCGUCACCAUGUUGCUGGCCUCCAAGAUGAGAGAGAUGGUUCCUCUGACAGCCAGCAAGCUCUGCAUCUACACCGACUUCUCUAUUUCAUUGCCAGAAAUCCUGCAGUUCGAGGUGUCACUGGUGUCCAGGUUAGACUGGUGUCUGGCCUCUGUGCUCCCCUCUGACUUCCUGGAGCCAAUUCUUCACACGCUCUCCUUUCUCCAAGCCCAGCAUCUUCCCAACGUGCGACGACAUGUUCACUCCUACGUCGCACUGGCAACCAUCGAGUUGAAGUCUUUUGACUUUUUGCCCUCCACCCUUGCUUGUGCCUGUGUGAGCACCGCAACACAGAGGCUCAACUUGGUGGACUCCCCUGACUCACUGCUCAAGUUUCUGGCUAAUCUCUUGGUCAUUGAUCUGGGCUCCGUCCUCCUCUGCUACAGUCAGCUGCAGAGAGCAGUGGAUCUCAUCCUGCCUUCUUCCCCUUUCCAAGCCGCUGUUUGCAGAUCAGAGGUCAGUCAGGCUCCCGCUGAUGUUGACCAUCUUUUAUUGACGUCAUUGACGCCCGCUGAAAGCCAGCUGGAAACCCCGCCCUGACACCACAGGCAAGUGUGAAUGUGGCGGGCUGAAAUGUCUUUUUGCUUACACAUAACAAGUUAAUCACAGCAUUAGAUCAGUUAUGGGGGUUGACACAGGUUGAAGAUGUGAUGCAAUGUUGCAGAUUGUUUUGAGGUACUUUCAAAGUUACCCCAGCUUUCA